AUGGGAAAGAUACCAUGUUGUGACAAGAGUGGAGUGAAGAAAGGGGCAUGGACACCUGAGGAAGACCAAAUCUUGGUCAACUACAUCAAACGCCAUGGUCAUGGCACCUGGCGUUCUCUUCCUAAGCAUGCUGGUUUACUUCGAUGUGGAAAAAGUUGUCGGCUUCGAUGGACAAAUUAUCUUCGCCCUGGUAUUAAGCGUGGUCCCUUCUCUCAGGAAGAAGAGAACACUAUAAUCCAACUUCAUGCCAUGUUUGGUAACAGGUGGGCUGUCAUAGCAUCUCAACUUCCAGGAAGAACAGACAAUGAGAUAAAGAACUAUUGGAACACUCAUUUGAAGAAGCGUGCCAUUUGCUUGGCAGAAAAUCUCCAAGAGAACUUGCUUUUAUGUCAAUAUGAUAAUCCAAGCCAUAUCAAGGAUCAAUUAUCUAAUGUGACUCGCCACAUGAUACAAUGGGAGAGUGCUAGAGUAGAAGCUGAGCUGAGACUGUCUACGGAAUCAUCACAACUUAGCUCAUCGCCUAAUAAGAUGGCAGAUCGCUACCUCCAACUGUGGAAUUCAGACAUUGGAAAAUCGUUUCGCGAGAUCAAACCAAAAGAUGGAGACAUGUACCAAAGCAAUGAACCUGAAAUAACUUCCACUGCGAAAUUCGGGUCAAGUUCUAGUGUUCCUAUACAAGCAGGAAACAUAAAGAACAGCAACUCAACUAAUAUAAUUCAACAAGAAAGAGAUGGCUAUAAACCGAUCACCGAUUCGAACUCGUCCAGCCUUUGUGACUUUUCUGAUUUUACUAGUACGGUUUCAGAUAUGCUGCUAGAUUCCCCAGUUGGCUAUGAUUUGGAUUUCUUUCAAGAAAAUGAAGAUGGUUUUGCCAUCUCCCUUGACAGAUCACCUGAUAACCCUCUUUUGUUUUAGUUCAUUAGGCUAUCUUCUGUGCUAGAUAAUUAACUUUCAUUACUUACAUAUUAGGGAACUUAGGAAAUAUAUGUUUAGGUUACUAAAAGUAAUACAAGAACUUCUAAAUUUCUAAUGUUUAGAAGUCUGUUAAAUGAAGUUCUUUCUUGCUGUGUGUUUUAGUUUCGCCAUGAAAUGAACUAAAUAGAAAAUAUUUACUUCAGAAGAAAUUUCAUCAGAGUAUAAGGUUUCUAUACAUCUACAUACAUAUGUAUAUUUAUACGCAGAACUUUUUACUCAAUAUAUUGUUAAUUUUCUAUGAAAGAAGGGAGAGGAAGGGGGGGUUCACAAGAAAAAACCAUUUUAGCAGGAUAGAAUUGUUUAUAAUAAUAAAUUCAAUGUGAAUGUAACAAAUUCUAGAUCUUGAACAUCAUAACUUUCACAAGUUCAAUAACUACAAUGAAAAAACGUCAUCUUUCACAAAUAAAUUACACUUUUUUUUCCCCCCAAA